ACCGCAAUGGUCGCCAUCUACACAUCGUUGAGUCUGCCACUGCUUUUGCUGGCCGCCCAAGUCGACGCGGAUAGCGUCACGUGCACGCGGGACCCGUCGUGGCGCAGUACGUUCAAGAACUGGUGCAUGUGCCAGCCAUGCAACCUCUGCGAGUACAAGCUCUUCCGCGGCUGCCGACCGCUGCCCCAAAACCCCACCACGCUCUCGGACGGCUCGGACAUACCGCUCAAGCAGCCGCUGCUAUCGUCGAAAGACUGGUUCCUCUCGGAGGACGACAUCACAAAGAGCCGCGGUGGCGAGCGUCGGGACCGCCUCGCCGUCUCGACGUCGGGCAACCGCGUCAACAUCUUUGCCGACACGAGCGCCGCGUUUGCGUCGAUGCACAAGGACAUUAGCAUGGCGAACAAGGCCUACUUUUCGGGCUGGACACUGCACGAUAUUCCGUACCUUCCGCAGAUCGACCCGUCCGUGACGUUCAAAAAGACGUGGGCCAAGGCCAUUGCCACCAACAACCUCCACGCGCACGGCCUCGUGUGGGAAAACCUCGUCGAGCUCGGCAAGGUCACCGAUAUGUUUUCGUGGAUGAACACGCUCAACAGCAGCAACUGCCAGAAUGUCCAGCUCAUGACCGACGACCGCAUCAACAAGCCGACGGGGUCGCACCACCAAAAGAGCCUCAUUCUCACGCGCAACCGCGACAUAGUGAGCUACGUUGGCGGCCUCGACCAGUCGCUCGACCGGUGGGACACCAAGUACCACAACGAGACCGCGCUCCGGAAGCGCACCGGCAUCAACGGCGCCAACGACGGCUGGGUCGAUGUCCAUGCGCGUCUGCACGGGCCUGCGACGAAAGACGUGCUCCACAACUUUUUGGACCGGUGGAACGACCCCGUGUACCCGGGCAAACCGUACGGCUGGCCGCUCGUCAAGUCGCCCGUCAAGAUCAGUGAUGCGUGGAACGUACCGAAGAAGGCGUUGCCGCCAACCGACAUCUUGUCGCAAGUCCAGGUCGAUGCUUCCGCCGGCACGCACGACGUCCAGAUUCUCCGCACGUACAGCUGCAA